AUGGAGAAUCAGACCACCACAGUGACUGAGUUCGUUCUGCUUGGUUUUCCUAUCAGCAGAAAGACAGAGCUACUAUUCUUCGUGCUCCUUCUGCCCACCUACCUGAUGACACUCCUGGGCAACAUCGUCAUCAUCUACCUUGUUGUGUCCCAUUCACGCCUCUAUACACCCAUGUACUUCUUCCUCUGCAAUCUCUCCAUCUUGGAUAUCCUCUUCACCUCUGUCAUUUCUCCAAGGAUACUGGACGACUUGGCCACUGGGCAUAAGACUAUUUCCUUUGCUGGGUGUAUCACCCAGUGCUAUUUCCACUUCUUCCUGGGGACAGUGGAGUUUAUUUUAUUGACAUCCAUGUCCUAUGACCGGUAUGCUGCCAUCUGUAACCCACUGAGGUAUAGCACCAUCAUGAAUCCUUCUGUGUGCACUGGGCUGGUUCUUUUCUCAUGGGUGGGUGACUUCUUGUCUGUUCUUUUCCCCACUAUACUCAUCUCCAAGUUACCCUUCUGUGGCUCCAAUAUCAUUAACCACUAUUUCUGUGACAGUGGACCUCUAUUGGCCCUGGCCUGUGCAGACACAACAUCCAUUGAGCUGAUGGAUUUCUUACUGUCAUCCACAGUCAUUAUCUUUUCCAUAAUUCUCAUUGGAUAUUCCUAUGCUUGCAUCUUUAUGACCAUCUUACGAAUCCCAUCAGCCAGUGGGAGGAAGAAAGCCUUUAACACCUGUGCUUCUCACUUGACCAUUGUAGUGAUAGCUGAAGGCAUCACAGCCUUUAUCUAUGUGACUCCCAUCCAGAAGGAAACCUUGGAGAUUAACAAAAUACCUUCAGUGUUGAGCAGUGUGGUGGCACCUUUCCUCAACCCCUUCAUCUACACCCUGUGCAAUGACACUGUGCAGGGGAUCCUCAGGGAGGUGUGGGUUGGAUUCAGAGAAGUUUUAGUGGGAAGAGGAAGAGGACUGUUGAGCAGAGUGUCCAAAAAAGAUCAUUGA